AUGACCUCAGAAUACUGGCAAUACUUUGAAAAUAAAGAUGUUCCGGAGGCGACGGAUGUUCAAAACAUCGCCUCACAAAGUUUUGAAAAUAGCAAAAGUAAAAUUGAUAGUUUUGACCAGAACAGUCCAAUAAAUUUGAUUCACAUGAAAAAUUAUCAUGGAAUAAAAAAUGAUGAGUCCAACAAAUGCGCAGAAAUAGUCGCAGUGAAUGAAAGUCAAGAAACGCGUUUGCCGUGCAAUUCAAAGUCAUUGACCUGUCACAUCUGUGAUUUAAAAUUAUGUCACAAAGCAAGUCUCAAACGCCAUAUGAGAAGGCAUUUAGGUAUCAAGAAUCACAAGUGUGACAGAUGUAACAGAACAUUUGGUGAAAAUUAUACCUUGAUAAAACAUCAAAAAACUCAUCUUCGAAAUAGAGAUAAACACGGAAGAAUCUCUAUUAAAACCCUCUUUCAGAGUAAAACAAUGAUUGGAAACAAUGAAAGUGAUGAUGAAAUUGUUACAACUGAUAACCCCGAUGGGUUAAAAGAUGAAUACAAUCAAUUCUUUGAAUAUGGAGAAGAUUCAGAGACAGCGGAUGUUCAAUAUUUCGCCUCACAAAGUUUGGAAAAGCCUAACUUGAGACGACAUCAACAACUUGUUCAUUUACAGAAUAGUGAACAACACGGAAAAAUCUACUCAAAAUCUACGUGUGACAAAAACUCAAUAAAAGGAAAUUUGUGUCAACAGAGCAGCUGUAUCACCAAGCAUCCAAAAAUACAGGAAAUAAAUAAACGUGUUUGUGCCGUUUGUGAAAAAGUUUUCCCUCGUCCAUACCUUAUGAGGAAUCAUCUGUAUACCGUGCAUGCAACGGAAAAACGAUUUAAGUGUGAAAUUUGUACGGAUAAAUCUUUUGCUACAGGAAUGCAGCUAAUACGAAACUGCGAAACAAAAAGACAUUUGAGAAAUAAAGAAGAACUCGAAAACCCACACUUGUAUAUCAUUUGA